CACAUUUUGAAUGUUUAUUCAGUGUUUAUUUGGACUUGCACGCCGGCGGUUGCUUAAAUCGGAAAGUAGACAGCGACAAAAACGACGUGACGACGACGACGACGACGAAGACAACGUAACGAGGUGACGCAGUGAAGAUAACAAGAAAGUCAAAAACACUUGAGUGAAUGUUAUUUGGCUAUUAAUAUUUUUGUUAUUGCUGCUAUUACUAUUUAAUGAACAACAAAAAGUUAAGUUGUUAUUGUACUCGUAUCUAAGCAUCGUUCAGUUCAUUUGGGUCGCAAGCGGUGCGCUUUAGGUUAUGUGUUCACAACAAUUAAGUGCAAUUUAUUGUGAAAUAAUUGGUUUGGCUGAAACGCAAAAGUGAGCUUAAACUCUCGUCGAAGUGUGGCGACUACCAAAUAAAAAUUACCUGCACGAUCAUUAGAAACUACAAAACAAUAAACAGAGCUAAAUACAUUGUGAUGAAUGCCAUAUUGAGAGUGGGUAUAUUUGCGCGAAAUGCAGCAGCAGCCAUAACCACGUCGUAUCCAACCGGAUCGAGUAAUAAUUAUGCGAGCAUCGCAACAGGUGUCGCCGCGACGAAAACACAACUGCCAGUCGAAAAGUCAGCGUCAACAGCUAAUACCCAUUCAGCGACAGCAAACACAAUAGCUGAGCACAAGCCCAGCUUUGUGCAACAACAAAAUUCUAAACAGGCAAAGGUGAAACCGAUAAGCAGUCAACCGUUGACGGACACUUUUGGACGCCAUCACACAUAUCUGAGGAUCUCAUUGACCGAGCGUUGCAAUUUGCGAUGUCAAUACUGCAUGCCUGCGGAAGGUGUACAACUACAAUCGAAAUCCAAUCUUCUAACAACCGAAGAGAUACUCUAUUUAGCGCGUAUAUUCGUUGAGCAGGGUGUGCGAAAAAUUCGCUUAACAGGCGGUGAGCCAACGGUGCGUCGUGAUAUAGUAAAUAUUAUAGCCAAAAUUAAAUCCAUACCAAAACUCGAAAAUAUUGGUAUUACCACAAAUGGUUUGGUCUUAACUCGUCUGUUGGUGCCCAUGCAACGUGCCGGUCUGGAUGCGGUGAAUAUUAGCUUGGAUACAUUGCGUCCGGAACGUUUCGAAGAAAUCACACGACGUAAGGGUUGGGAACGUGUAAUAGCCGGCAUUGAUUUGGCCAUACAAUUGGGUUAUAAACCGAAACUGAAUUGUGUACUCAUGCGCAAUUUCAAUGAGGAUGAAAUUUGUGAUUUUGUCGAAUUUACGAGAGAUCGCGAUGUGGAUGUGCGUUUUAUUGAGUAUAUGCCAUUUACAGGCAAUAAAUGGCAAACAGAUCGUUUGAUUUCGUUUAAGGAAUCCGUAGAGAUUAUACAAAAAAGAUGGCCCGACUUCAAAGCAUUACCCAAUGGACCAAAUGAUACCUCCAAGGCGUAUGGUGUACCUGGCUAUAAGGGUCAAGUGGGUUUUAUAACAUCGAUGACCGAACAUUUUUGCGGCACUUGUAAUCGUUUACGACUAACCGCCGAUGGAAAUAUAAAAGUUUGUCUUUUUGGUAAUAAAGAGUUUUCACUACGUGACGCUAUACGCAGCGAAUGUUCCGAAGAUGAUUUGAUAGCAUUGAUUGGUGCGGCAGUGAGUCGAAAGAAGAAACAGCAUGCGGACAUUAACAUUCAUAAUAAUACCGUCACACGAUUACAUCACAAAAAGAGUGAAAUUUUUGAAUCACGGAGAGAACAACGGAUUAAUUACCCCAAAAUCAGCAAAGACUUUUCAUUACCAUACACUUUUGAUACUAAUCUAAUUAGCAGUCAAUUUCCAAAAUAUAAUUUUAAACAAAUACGCAGUUUUUGUACAAAAAAUACAGAUGGAGAUUGUGGCAACAAUAGUACAAAUUUAACACAUGUUGAUGCAACCGGAAAGGCUCAAAUGGUAGAUGUGUCGGUGAAGGAAACUACGAAGCGUUUUGCUGAAGCACGUGCCACCGUUUUGGUUGGUCCGAAAAUCACAAAACUCAUACAUACAAAUAAUAUGAAAAAAGGUGAUGUCCUUAGUGUUGCACAAUUGGCUGGUAUAAUGGGUGCUAAGAGAACAUCGGAACUGAUACCGCUUUGUCACAAUAUUACUUUAUCAUCCGUGAAAGUUGAAGCGAAAUUAGUUAUGGAAAUGUAUAGCGUGGAUAUAUGUGGGCGAGUACAGUGUACAGGUCAAACGGGUGUAGAAAUGGAAGCUCUUACUGCUGUUACAUUGGCGGCACUUACCGUCUAUGAUAUGUGUAAAGCCGUUUCGCAUGACAUAACUAUAACGGAUAUAAAGCUUUGGAACAAGACGGGGGGUAAACGGAAUUUUGAACGCAAUCAAAAUAAAGUUGAUUAGUUUUAGGGUAGAUGAAUUUUUACAUGCAUAUCUAUGUUAUUAGUUAGAUUAUAAGAAAUAUGUAUAAACGCACAGUGAGAUAAAUUGUUGAAAAUAAAUAUUUUUUUUAAUAAAACUGAAACUUUAUUAACGCAACGACUCUUAUUCGCACAAGAAAGAGUUUCGAGAUGUCAGAAAUCAAAUAUAACAUAGGAGUAAAGCAAAAUCAACUUUCAUCCGUGAAAAUUAUCAGAAUAAGAAUAGUGAGUUUAUUUUAGUUUUGUUUUGUUCUUUAUUGGACCCUUAGCAAAUUAAA